GGAUACGCAUACUUAUAUACCGCGUUGGGGUGGCUUCGGUGGAAGUUGAAUUUGUCGGGGAGGAGUUUCGGAACAAUUCGAAUAACAUUCGAAGAGAAGAAGAUUCGCGUUUCAUCUCCAGCAAGAUAUAGUGUGGCGGAGAAGAUUCCGAUUAUUUCCGAUUGCCGAGAGAAAAUGUUGAACGCGUUCUCGUUGAUCGUUGUUUUUGUUCUUUGUCGAUUUGUGGGUAAGCGACUCGAGGCAGAUUUUCUUGGGAGAAUUCGCCGAUAGGAACGAGAUGGAAUAAAAUAUUAGAGUAGAAGGAAAUAAAGAUACUCGGAGAAAUAGGCGUGAGUAGUAUAUACUACUGUGCGAGUAGAGAGGUAUUUGGUCGCGGUGCUCCGCCUAGCGCAUAGCUUCACGCAGCUUGGCGUUUUUCUCGUCCGUUCCCAGCCGCAUACGAAUCGCGGCAUCGAAGAAUCGGUGAGAAAACGACGAUACCGCAAGGAGACACGUUUCUAUUUCUCUUUCAUGUUGCCGGGUUUUUAGCUUAUCGUUAACCGCGUUGGCUUUCGAUGUUUGAAACGGAAGAAAAUGUCGAGCGACGGAUAGAAUAACGACGAUGAUUUCGCCGACGCAAUCGUUCUAAUCUCGGAAAGAGAGGAGGAGGACCGAUGCGACGUAAUGAUAGGGAAGAUCGCUUCCGAAGACGGAGAAACGAUAGCGGACGAUUCGCCGUCUAGAUUGCAUUCGGUCUGGUUGUCGCAACAAUGCGAAACGCGCGCAGGAGCCGAACACGUGAUAAGAAAAUAUAGUUUCUUCGGAAACGGUACGUUUCUGUUGGUGCGGUAUCAUUACGCGGAAGAGUCGUGCAGCAUCGCAACGUAUGGAGUGGUGGCGCGCGGUUUCAUCCAACUCUCGUCGCCGUCUCUGAAAAUUCCCGGCGCUACGGAAGCAAACGUUCGAUUGGAUUCGGUUCAUUUGAUACCGUUCAACAGACAGAUCGCUCGUAAAUUUGGCCGCAAGAUCGCAGCGAAUUGCCGCGGUAACGGCAACGGCAACGGCAACGGCAACGGCAACGGCAACGGCAACAGAUAUAGCAGCGACAGCGAGCGCAAUGGCAACGGCAUCGUCGAGAGAAAAUGGCGAGCGUUUUGGGCCGAACCGAUCUACGAGCGACCCGUCGACGUUCCGUCGAGCGCAAACUCGAAUUCGUUCGAAAGCCGUUUGCGGCGGCUCAGGAAUCGGGACGGGUUCGACUGUUUGGACACGCUGGGCAUCGAGUUUACGGAACUGAGGUUGCUCCGAGUCGAGAAGAGACGCUCGAAAGUGGAAUUGUUGCUCGGCGUACCUCCUGGGAACGGGCAUCUCCCGCAAGCCCGUACGCAAACACCGAGCCGGUUGCACUCCGUGGCGUUGCUGCGCGCCGACACGCUUCUCUCGUGUCCAAUCUGCGGGAACGUGGUGCGCGCUACCGAGUACAGUCCACCUCUGUUUCAUCAAGCUCCGUCGCUUCCAGCGGUGAUCGACGGUCUCUGGCUGAGUAUCAGGUGCGAAAGCGUCGACGGCGGUUUCUGGGCUAGAAGAGCUUUUCGGAUUUAUUCCGGGGAAUCGGCGCGUUGGACGGCGCGUUGGACGGCACGGUGGACGGCACGGUGGAUUUAUUACGCCGACCCUGCCUGUUCGACGCGGUUGUGCGCGGUCACGGGAAUCGGCACUUACCGGGAAACAUCGAUACGUUCGAACGCGUUCGGCCACUGGAACAUUCGUUUCAGCGGGAACGCGACGAACAAGCCAAACUCGAAUCUCUAUCUUCGGAUUCUGCGAGCGAAACGCGCUACGCGACCAAUGUCGAUCUCCCACGCGAAAACUUGUCUACCUCGAGCCGUGUAUCCGGAGACUCCAGCGGUUCUGACCUUGAAAGCGAGGAUAAACGUAGACUGGAACGGAGAUUACGCUUUGCUCUUAACGUCUUGGAAAGACGACGUCUGGGAGGCUCCCCUUCGCCGAUGCUCCACGAACCAACCUCCUCCUCCGAAUUUUCCUCUCUCCUCCGCGAAUUCUCGGGACGAACGGCUCUCCUCUUUGGCCUCUUUGGCCUCUUUGGCCUCUUCGGCCUCUUCGCCCUCUUCGCCCUCUUCGUCCUCUUCACCCUCUUCGCCCUCUUCGUUCGCGUCUCGCGACAAUUACGUUCUAUCGCUUGCUUGUUGGCUGCAUUUCCUUCGUUUUCGAAUCGAACCGGUGGAUCGAUCGUUUUCCCCGAUUACCAUUAUUUUCACGACACUCUUCUUACGUCUGUGAUUUUCGAUCGAUUCCGUCGGCAAGGACGCGACGUCGUUGAACGUAAUUAGAAACGCAACGGUUACUCGACUUCGCCAAUUGGGAAAACAUGUACUAUUUGUAAUAUCGACGACCGAGGCAUUUACCAAUCGACACGGGUACAUACUCGCAUAUGUCUGAUAUCGGUGAAUCGAGUAAACAGCUAUCUACUGGUAUAUCUAACCGUCUGAUUAUAUAAUACAAGUGUCGGAAUAUGCGGAUUCGCAUUGCGAAAUAUACGAUUUCACGCAUGCCGCUUCGCGCCAUCCUCUUAUUCUGGCUCGCUUUUCAUCGACACAGCUCCCCUAUGCUUCUAUUCGCUAGGCCUCUCUUCUCUUCUUUUCUCUUGCAGCCACGCAGCGCACAGUAAGUAUUAGAUACUUGUAUACGUAUGUAUGUAUGCAGUUACAUUCAUUCCCGUUUUAACCUUCAGCUGCCCCAUCCUCUUUUUUUCUUCACAUCCGUCGUUUCUCUCUGUCUCUCGAUCGUUCUCGGUCGCUCUCGACCGCUCUCGACCGCUCUCGACCGCUCUCGAAGCUUUUGACUGACAAUGAAUCGGUGACUCGUACAGAAGCACGAAUCAAUUUGCCACGCGACAAAACCACUAUACCAUCGGUAACGUCUCCGUGUUGCCAAGAAAAUUCCGUCGUCGAAUGUCCUCUUAUUUCCUCGGUUGAUUCCGACGAGUUUGAAAUUGCCUGCAACUAGCAACUACCGAUGUCCAUUCGACACAGAGCGAACCAUGAUCGCAUUGUGUCGAUUCUCCACCGAAACUGUUCCGUACAGGUGCCUCGUUUCGAGGCGUAACGAGUUCGUCGAGAACAAUCGGAGGAGAGAUUCGUAAAAGAUGCUCGCGUGUACGCGUACGAAAAUGGGAGUCGAGGGUAAGGAUCGUGAAAAACGGGCGUCGCGACGAAACUUUCUCUCGCGCUCGAGCUCGCGCAUUUAAUAAUAGAUAAAAAAAGGUGGGCGUUUGUGCCAGAAAAAGAACGAAAAGAGACUGUCGAGAGAACUAAGCGAGGGACAUCAACGUUGAAAAUACUGGCUCGCCACUGGAACAAGUCCAGUGUAAAACGCGGAAGAAGAAUGCAACGCAAGCGAUAUCUCUGCUGGUUCGGGUGUCUCGUUGCUCACGGUUCGAAAAGUAACUCGACGAGUCAAAGUAAACACGAUCUCGUUAAUGAUAAUUUACGAAUAGAAUAAAAUUUAGAGAAAAAAUAGAACCGGCACUAUGACAUCGCGCGUGCAUUAAUUCCUGUUUGCACGAUCGCGAGCGAGAAAAGGAUUUCGGGUUAUUAAUCUUUCGUCCGUGAUAACGAAAGCGGGAAAGGGUAUGGAAUCACCGAUAAAUUCGCGACUCGCGUAGAACGUUACACGGGUCAAAGGGUAGGAUUAAAACCGCGAAAUCUCUUCGAUAGAAUGACGUUGUGUCAAAAGAGUCUUUUGGGAGUGACGAUUCUUACGACUGUCGGAAUAAUAACGUUGCUGGCAUCGAGCAGAUACAGCCCCGAAAUACACAAAAGGGACGAGGUCUUGCUGGAAAUGUUGAGUAACAUUAGCAGCGAAUUG